AUGAACACACCUCCUCCCUAUUUCCCACAUCCUAAUUCCGAUCUUGAAGCCCCCAAGACUGCAGCGCAGGAGGGUGAAGUGGUUCUGCAAACCGGUUCAUUUCGCAAUCAAACCAAAGCGCCCACACCAACUCAGCCGCCAGGGCCGAAAGGGGCUAACACCCGCGCCGUUCUAUCGCUCCGCCAACAGAUUGUACCUUCUUUGCCUGUUACAACGAACGACAUGCAGCUCGAUAUCCAGGCGUCAACUUCAGCCGCCUCGUUGAAUGGCGAUCCUGCAGCUCCGGGUUCCAAUGGCGUUCGCAAGAUCGAGAACAAUGUCACCGCAGGCCCGGACAAGGGGGCGAACGGUACGGCCACAAUCUCUGUUGGUCGUCGGUUGGGAGAGACAGAACUGUCCUACUAUCUUCCAUCGCGAGAGAAUGGUGUGAACGACAUGUACCUCCACCUGGGGUUCCGGGCUCCUGCGAACCUCGUUGCUCGUUCGCGAGUUAGAAUCAUCUGGGCUAUCAUUCGCCAGCGCCACCCUCUGCUGGCCGCUUCGAUACGUAUGAAUGACUACGACGAUGUUCGCUUCAAGUAUCAAGCCAUAGCGUCUGUCGACCUCGCCAUUUCGUCCGCGGAUGCUCACCUAGAAUAUCGAGAACAGAACAAAGAUGAUCUGAUUGACUCGUAUUUGAAUGGUCCACGGACGCUCUCCAACGACCGCCUUUCUUACCUCUACAUCUCGUCGCCCGAUACGUCCAGCGAAUCAUCAACAGAUGAACUCGAGUUUAACUGGAUGAUAUGCACCACGCACUACAUUGGUGAUGGGAUGGCUCUCCACCAGACUGCCAACGAUUUCUUCACACUCCUUGGGAGCAAGAAGAACGAGGCGGAGCUCCAAGCCCUUUUAAAUUCCGAGAUGACUUCCAACAGGCAGGAAGGAGAGCAGCAACUGCCACUAUCCAUUGAAGACAGGCUUCCAGAGUCACGCCCUGAACGAAUCUAUGGCGCAAUAUCCACUGUCGAUCAUCUGCUAUCGCAGAGGAAGUUGAUUGGUGGCCAUGCCUUUCCUCGUCGUUCUGGGCAGCCCCGGCGGACAGUGGUACCAACAGUGUCCUUUGACCCCGAGAAGACGAAGCAGAUGCUAAAGAAGUGCAAGGAGAACGGAGUAUCUAUUUCAAGCGUUGUCUUCGCUCUCUGCAACAUUGCUUGGGCCAAAACACACACUAGAGACGGGGAAUACCCAAUGAUGAUGUACUCCGCUUUGAACUUACGACCUUACCUGAGAGCCAACGAGAACCUCAAGAGCUCGUAUUGGUUCCUGGCUAUCGGUUACUUCAACGUUGUACUUCCAUCCUUUCUGCCUCGGGAAGGCCCAGGUGAAGCUGCCAUCUUUUGGCAUCGAGCACGCUCAGUCAAGCUUCAAACUUCAAAGGCAGCCAAAAGCCCGAUGCUAGCCUCUCGAAGCCAAGCCAUGGCUAAAGAACGGGGUCUCCGUUCUCGCAUCUGGGGAAUGCAAGACGAUGGUGUUGAGUGCAAACUCUCUAUGCCUAACCCAAAGCUUUUCGAGAACGACACGCCCGCACCUUCGAAGGCUCUCAUUGGGCUGUCCUUGCUCGGAAACCUUGAUGGAACCUACAAACAUCAGUCCUUCUCUCCGGUGACUCUACACACCCUUACCACCGGCUCACGGCAAAGGCAGGGAGGGAUGUUACUAUUUGGCUACACUUUCGUUGGGAAGCUCUGGCUUAGCCUUGGUUACGAUGUCAACGGAUUCGACGACGAGGUUGUCCAGCGUUUCUGGAAGCACCUUCUAUCCAGCGCGGACGAGUUCCUGUGCAAUUGA